ACACACGACGCGACUAUGUCGGCGGAUCAUCCAACUCCUGGGUCGGAUGGCCGGCGACUUAUGUGCGAGUAUUGUGGCUAUCGGACGGGGAUCCUUUGGAAUCUGCAGGUCCAUCAACGGCGUCACACCGGCGAGAAACCCUUUAUCUGCGAUACCUGCCAGGCCAGCUUCCCAGCUAGUUAUCAGCUGAAAACCCAUCUGGAGCGGCACUUGGACGCCGCACAACGUCGUCUGAGGCACAUUUGCACCGAUUGCCAAGUGGGUUUCUCUAGUUCCCGGGCUUUAUAUCAUCAUAGGACUCUCCAUGAAGAUAGGAAACGGUACAAGUGCUCGCAGUGUGACAAAUCAUUUGCCCAAGCGUCGGGGUAUGCCCAACACAAGAGGAUGCACCGCCAAAAUAACCAGCGGGCCACGGAAUUGAAGUGCUUCAAGGAUCUAAAGGAUCCACAGGCUUUCGAGGAGCUCGUUUAUACUCAAAAGUGA